CUAUCCAUUUCCAUACACACACAUCCCCACUAUUUAUCAUUCAAAUCAUAUUAUAUUAAAAUAUCUGUGAAAUAAAAAUAAAUAAAUGCAGUUAACAAGGACGUAGCGUGAAAGCUGAAACAGAGUAGGCCUAGUAGUAGCUGUCGUAUUUUAAGUCGUUCUUAUCAAUCUACAAUGCAUAAUUUAUACAGUAGUUCUGUGGUGGAUCAUCGUCUUUUUUUUCUUCUUUUUUUCUCUGUUGCUGAUGCGCAACUGCACCAGGAUCUAGAUAGUCAAAAACUGCUUUGACGUCAGCCUUGAGCAUAUUCAGGUUGGAAUACAUCUUUCCGCUAUAUUUCUGUUAACAAAUUCCCUGAAUUUUGUAUCUGUUAGAACAAUUUCUCAAAUCCGUUUCGAGGAUUCAAGUCCAGAAUCCAAGAUUUUGGAGAUUUAUGGCUUUGAAUUAUGCGGAUUUAAAGCUAUUAAGGAAGGGUUUAGACUAUACUCGGAGAAAUAGGAACUGGGUUGUUGCUUUAGGAGCUCUUGGUGUUACUGGUUAUGGCGCUUAUAGAGCUUAUUACUCACCCUCUAUGGUUAGAAAGAGGAAUAGAUUUUUCAAGCUCAUAAGUGCUUUUGUUUCUUUAGCUGAGAUGGUGGCUGAUUCUGCUGAUGUAAUUGGGAUUGUUUCGAAAGAUCUGAAGGAAUUCAUUUCCUCUGACUCUGAUCAAAUUCCUAGAAGUUUGAAACAAAUUUCGAAGAUUGGUAAAUCAGAUGAGUUUUCACAAUCUAUUGUUAAGGUCACUAGUGCGUUGACAGUAGGAGUCGUGCGAGGCUACCAGCAAGUAACUGCGGAAAAUGAUGUUUCUGGGGCUGCAAAUUCUGGGCUUUUUGACCAGGUUUUAGAUAAACUGUUUACUGAUGCAGGGUCUGGUUUUGCUUCUGUAAUUGUUGGGAGCUUCGCGAGGAAUUUGGUUCUUGCUUAUUGUUCGGACAAAAAAGGCAAUGCUAGUUAUUCUGAUAUUGAACACUCUGUUCCAGGAUGGGUUGAUGUUCUAUGCCAGGACAAGUGCAGAGAACUGAUAGGAAAUUGUAUACAAUUGUUUGUGAGCACUGCAGUUGCUGUUUAUCUCGAUAGAACAAUGAACAUCAACACCUACGAUGAAAUAUUUUCUGGGUUGACUAAUCCCAAGCAUGAAAUGAAAAUGAGAGAUAUGUUAGUAGCCAUAUGUAGUGGUGCCAUUGGAACUUUUGUUAAAACUUCUCAUCAAGUUUUGACAAAUAGUGAUAUGGAUACAACUUCAGAAAUGUAUUCUUCUUUGCCACUUAGUUUCAAAGCGAAGCAAUUUUUGGACGAAGACGAGAACAUGCACAGCGGGUGGACAAAUAAAGUAUCUUCUACUUUGGCUUUCCCAAGAAAUAGGAGGUUUAUUCUUGAUUUGACUGGGAGGGUCACCUUUGCGAGUGUUAAAUCUUUCUUGGAGUUUCUGCUAGAAAAGUUGUACGAGUGUAUGCGAAAAAGCAUAGAUGUUGUCCAGGAGGAAGUGGUGACACUGAGAACAAGUGUAGAUGUUAUACAAGAGGAGGUGGUUGAUAAGAGUACGGAAGCUUGCAGGUAUGUGAGUGGGAAAUCAUCUACUGCUGUUAGUGUAUGCCUCGCGCUGUGUUUGCACAUACUUAAUGGCCCUUGGAUCCUGGUUCCAAAUUAGCAAGUUUCGAAUAGAAUCUGAGGCUUUUUGUUUGUUAAGCUUCCUAGAGUAUUACAUUCUUUUCCCAAGGGAAUCUUGGAUAGUACAACUGUAUAUGAUUUGUCUCUUCUUGUUGAUUGAUUGUAUUUCAAUUCAAGUAUGUCAAAGUGAAUGUAAUUAUGCCUCUAAUUUUUCUGUCU